UUCAAGCGGUUUGUUGGAAGGUUGGGUGUUGUUGAGUUAGUAAUUCAAUUCAAUACGUAACAUAAUAAAUCUGUUAUAUCAUCCAUACUUAUAAAGAUCGAUUGCAUAGUUGAUUCGGUGCAUUCAACAUGGGUGACACGAGGAAAAAGAAGAAAUUUUACUUUAGGAAACGAAGAAACAAAUAUUUCUUAGAACCCGGCUUCAAGGGCUUCUUUUGCACGUGUAACUUUAGAGAAAAAGACUGCGUCAAAGAAGUAUAUAAUCUUCUGAACGAAUAUGCCAGUAAACUCUACCCAGAUUUAGAUGUUGAGCAAGUUCCACCGUCUGCAGUACCUGAGUCAGACGCUCCCGAGGAUAGGUCCGAGAGCGAGUCUGAAGAUGAGACUGAUAUUGGAGACAUACUAAGAAGGGAAGUGGAUUCAAUAAAAAAAAAUUCGCAGAAAUCUUUACGGUUUAAAAGAUUUCAAGUGGUUGAAACGGGUGCAUCAAAUUGUAUCUUUGUUAAAACCAAUUUACCUAGUCCAGAGGAACUGACCACCGCCAUUAUAAAAGACCUAAUCGCUACACGAAUUCAGAAAACCAGACAUGUGAUGCGACUGCUUCCAAUAAUGAUUACUUGUAAAGCAAACCUUCCGGACAUAAUGGAAAGCGCUGGAAAACUUUUUGAUAAGUAUUUCUUAAAAGAACCGACUAGUUUUUCUGUAGUUUUCAACAAAAGAUUCAAUAACAGUGUAUCUCGAGACUUGAUCAUCAAAGAGCUUGCAGAAUUAGUAGUUGUAAAAAACAGGGAGAACAAAGCUGACCUCAAAAAUCCAGGUCUCUGCAUUAUAGUUGAAGUUAUUAAAGGAAUGUGCUUGCUGAGUAUUGUUGAUAACUACUUUACUUAUAAAAAAUAUAAUCUUAAUGAAAUAUGCAAGGAAGAAUCAAAUGAUUCUGAAGAAUCACAGGCAAAAAAAUUCAAGAGUAGCUUGAACUCUGAAACUGAGGAACAGAAUACUCAAUAAAUCUACAUAUUUCCUUAGAGUUUUUCUACAUUAAAAUUUUUUCUAACCUAUCCCUAGGUUGCUGCGCCUGGAAGCUUAUACCAACUCUUAUACCAAAUUUUCUACUUAUUAUAAUAUUUUUCAUUAAAGUUUUAACCCUAA